AUGAGAAUCGUGCUUUUCCUCUCUCUCUCUCAUUCCUUUUUCUUUUAUGGCUUCGCAAUUGACAGUCUGUUGUUAACCAAGGCAAAGGAUGACUUGUUAAUUUUGAACAUCUCCAAAUCUAUCUAUCUAUCUAUCUAUCUAUCUAUCUAUCUAUCUAUCUAUCUAGGUCUGAUGUUCUUUAUCUAUCAGUUUCUUCUGGUUCUGAUGUUAUUUAUCUAUCAUCUUUCUUCUGAACUCCGUUAUCUAUCUAUCUAUCUAUCUAUCUAUCUAGGUCUGAUGUUCUUUAUCUAUCAUUUCUUCUGGUCUGUUAUCUAUCUAUCUAUCUAUCUAGGUCUGAUGUUCUUUAUCUAUCAGUUUCUUCUGGUCUGUUAUCUAUCUAUCUAUCUAUCUAUCUAUCUAUCUAUCUAUCUAUCUAGGUCUGAUGUUCUUUAUCUAUCAGUUUCUUCUGGUCUGUUAUCUAUCUAUCUAUCUAUCUAUCUAUCAGACCCCAGGAAAGAAGCUAUUAUUUAUAUUUUUCUCGUUUAUUUUCUUCUUUCUUGCUUUAAAAUUUAUUAUUUGUCAUUCAUUUUCUUCUUUUUUAUUUUCGAUUACAAACACUUUUUUUAUCUAUCUAUCUAUCUAUCUAUAUCUUUCAGUCUCUUCAUUAUUAUCUAUCUCAUCUCUCUAUCUUUCUCUCUGUUUAUCUCAUCUCUCUAUCUAUCUAUCUAUCUAUCUUCAUCUCUCUUCUAUCUCAUUUCUCUAUCUAUCUAUUGUCUAUCUCAUUCUAUCUCAGUCUUUCAUUCUCUAUCUAUCUAUCUAUCUAUCUCUCUUCAUAUCUUUCUAUCUAUCUAUCUCAGUCUCUUCAUUAUCUAUCUAUCUAUCUAUCUAUCUAUCUAUCUAUCUAUCUCAUCUAUCUUCAUCUCUUUUCAUAUCUAUCUAUCUAUCUAUCUCAGUCUCUUCAUCUUCUAUCUAUCUAUCUAUCUCAAUCUGUUCAUAUCUAUCUAUCUAUCUAUCUCAGUCUCUUCAUUAUCUAUCUAUCUAUCUAUCUCAGUCAGUCUCUUCAUUAUCUAUCUAUCUAUCUAUCUCAGUCUAUCUAUCUAUCUAUCUAUCUAUCUCAUCUCAUCUCUCUCAUUAUCUAUCUAUCUAUCUAUCUCAUCUCUUCAUUAUCUAUCUAUCUCAUCUCUAUCUAUCUAUCUAUCUAUCUAUCUCAGUCUCUUUCUAUCUAUCUAUCUAUCUAUCUAUCUAUCAUAUCUAUCUAUCUCUCUUUUAUCUCAGUCUAUUCAUCUAUCUCAUCUAUCUAUCUAUCUAUCUAUCUCAUCUCUUCUAUCGUCUUCAUUACAUCUAUCUAUCUAUCUAUCUCUCUUCUCUUCAUUAUCUUCUAUCUAUCUAUCUCUAUCUCUUCUAUCAUUAUCUAUCUAUCUAUCUAUCUAUCUAUUUAUCUCAUCUUCAUCUAUCUAUCUCAUCUAUUCUUAUCUAUCUAUCUAUCUAUCUAUCUCAGUCUCUUCUCAUCUAUCUUCUAUCUAUCUCUCAGUCUCUUCAUUAUCUAUCUAUCUAUCUAUCUCAGUCUCUUCAUCCAUCUAUCUAUCUAUCUAUCUCUCUUCAUUAUUUAUCUAUCUAUCUAUCUAUCUCAUCUCUCUCAUCUAUCUAUCUAUCUAUCUAUCUCAUCUUCUAUCUAUCUAUCUAUCUAUCUCAGUCUCUUCAUAUCUAUUUAUCUAUCUAUCUAUCUCUUCAUCUAUCUAUCUAUCUAUCUAUCUCAGUCGCUUCAUUAUCUAUCUAUCUAUCUAUCUAUCUAUCUAUCAUCUCAGUCUCUUCAUAUCUAUUUAUCUCAGUCUACCUAUACCAUUCUCUAUCUAUCUAUCUAUUAUCUCAGUCAUUUAUCUAUCUAUCUAUCUAUCUAUAUCUAUCUAUCUAUCUCAGUCUCUUCAUUAUCUAUUUACUAUCUAUCUAUAUCUCUUCAUUUCAUCUAUCAUAUCUAUCUAUCUAUCUCAGUCUAUCUCAUCUCUCUCUUUUAUCUAUCUAUCUAUCACUUCUAUCUAUCUAUCUAUCUAUUCAUUAUCUAUCUAUCUCUCUUCUAUCUAUCUAUCUAUCUAUCUAUCUCAGUCUCUUCAUUAUCUAUCUAUCUAUCUAUCUCAUCUCUUCAUUAUCUAUCUAUCUAUCUUCUAUCUCUCUCUUCUCUUUCAUCUAUCUAUCUAUCUAUCUAUUUUAUCUAUCUAUCUUCAGUCUCUUCUAUCUAUCUAUCUAUCUAUCUAUCUCUCUUCAGUCUCUUCAUCUAUUAAUACAUUUAUCUAUCUCAGUCUCUUCAUUAUCUCUUCUUAUCAUCUCUAUCAUAUCUAUCUAUCUAUCUAUCUAUCUAUCUCUUCAUCUCUCUAUCUGUCUAUCUAUCUAUCUAUCUAUCUAUCUUCUCAUCUUCAUCUAUCUAUCUAUCUAUCUAUCUAUCAGUCUAUCUAUUAUCUCUCUUAUUUCUAUCUAUCUAACUCGUUCAUAUCUAUCUAUCUAUCUAUCUAUCUCAGUCUCUUCAUAUCGUUUUAUCUAUCUUACCUCUAUCUAUCUUAUCUCUUCUUAUCUCUCUAUUUCAUAACUAUGUCUAUCUAUCUAUCUCUCUAUCUAUCUCAGUAUCUUCAUAUCUAUUUAAUAUCUAUCUAUCUCAGUCUGUUAUCUAUCUUAUCUAUCUAUCUUCAUCUCAUCAUUUCCUAUCUAUCUAUCUAUCUAUCUAUCUCAGUCCUUCAUCUCGUUUUAAUACAUUUAUCUAUACCAUCUAUUCUAUCUAUCUAUCUAUCUAUCUAUCUCAGUCUCUUCAUUAUCUAUCUAUCUAUCUAUCUAUCUCAUCUCUUCAUAUCUUUCUCAUUUAUUACCAUCUCAUUGUUAUCUCUUCUUCUCUUCAGUCUAUCUCAUCUAACCGUGUCUAUCUAUCUAUCUAUCUAUCUAUCUCAGUCUCUUCAUAUCGUUUUCAUCUAUCUAUCUAUCCAGUCACUUGUUAUCUCUUCUUCUUUCAGUCUAUCUAUAACCGUUCAUCUAUCUAUCUAUCUAUCUAUCUAUCUCAGUCUCUUCAUAUCGUUCUAUUUACUAUCUAUCUAUCUCUUCUUAUUUCAGUCGCUAUCAUCUAUCUAUCUCAUCUAUCUAUCUAUCUAUCUAUCUAUCUAUCUUCAGUCUUUUCAUACAUUUAUCUAUCCAUCUCUUCAUCUAUCUAUCUAUCUAUCUAUCUCAUCUCUUCUAUCUUUCUAUCUAUCUAUCUUCACUUUUAUCUAUCUCUUAUUUCAUCUAUCUAACUUCCUAUCUAUCUAUCUAUCUAUCUAUCUCAGUCUAUCUCUUUUAAUCUUUUAUUUCAGUCACUUCUAUCUCUAUCUUAUAUCUAUCUAUCUCUUCUAUCUAUCUAUCUAUCUAUCUAUCUAUCUCAGUCUCUUCAUAUCUCUAUCUUUCAUAACCGUGUCUAUCUAUCUAUCUAUCUAUCUAUCUAUCUCAUCUAUUCAUAACCGUGUCUAUCUAUCUAUCUAUCUAUCUAUCUAUCUAUCUCAGUCUCUUCAUAUCUAUCGUUUUCAUACAUUUACCUAUACCAGUCUAUCUAUCUUAUCUCUCUUAUUUCAGUCUCUUCAUAACCGUGUCUAUCUAUCUAUCUAUCUAUCUCAUCGCUUCAUAACCGUGUCUAUCUAUCUAUCUAUCUAUCUCAGUCUCUUCAUAUCGUUUUCAUACAUUUACCUAUACCAGUCACUUGUUAUCUCUUCUUAUUUCAGUCGCUUCAUAACCGUGUCUAUCUAUCUAUCUAUCUCAUCGCUUCAUAACCGUGUCUAUCUAUCUAUCUAUCUAUCUCAGUCUCUUCAUAUCGCAAGUUUAAUGCCCUCCCCAUCAAACUCUGCCUUUCUUUUUCUUAUUUUCUGCAGUCUAUCCUUCAUAUUAUUUACUAAUUCUUCUGACCCUUUUAUCUUUGACUUCAUUCACUUUUUUUUAAUAAACAUUCAUCACCUCCCCCUUCCGUCCGUUUGUUGUUCUUUUUGUUCUUUUUCUUUUUGGGGAGCAGGGGAUGAACUCUUCCUCCUUUACCCUAGUCUUCAUUUUCUUCUUCUACUACUCCUUCAUCAAAUUCCUCUGUCUACCAGCAUUAUCUGUCUCGUAUUAGUCGGAGAGGACACGGGCACUGCCGAGUUACCCUUCGUCGAUCUCUCGCCUGACUCCAAACACACGCGCACAUCAUGUGUUCCCUUAUCAAUCUACCUACCACUUAUCUAUCGAUCUACGACUUCCUCUUACUUAUCUAUACAUGUAGUAUCCUAA